AUGCAGCGGAGAUACCACUGGCAGUUGAACAAGCAGCCCGCAGUCAAGAAUGCUAUGGAGGAGGUCACCUUGAUGUUGGAAAAUGCAAAGGUGACGGAAAAGAGGCAAGCGAGAUUGCUGCCUCUAUCGGUGAUCUCAGCCAUGGAAGAGGCUGUGAUGAAUACGGAGCUGGCCAGGUAUGUCAGAAGCUACGCCUGGUACAGACUGCUGAAGGUAUGGGGCGCCAUGAGGUACCACGACACCUUAGGUGUGGACUUCGGCACCAUCAAGCUGGACGAGAGCGUAAGGGCGGUGGAAGCAGACCCUGUGGACGCCUUCCGUAGCGAUGCAAAAGCGGAAGGAGAGGAAGUCGUCAUAGGAGGCUGGGAAUCCCAUGAUGGAGGGCGUACGGAGGGAGCCAGGUGGUUCUCCGUGCGUUUGACCAGAAAGAACGCGCCGUGGGUAUUCCUGAAGGGAGGGCCCUUCAGGAACAUAGUGGCGUUGGAGCUGACGCCGGUACUAGUGGCCAUUAUGGCGUUUGGCAAGGAGGCCAAAGAGAGAUGCGGGAGGGCAAGCAUGAGAUUGACAGCGUUGACGGACAACGUCUCGAUAGCAUAUGUGCUGAAGCAGUAUCUCUCAUGCAGGUUCCCGUUAUCGGUGGUACUGCUAGAGCUGUCGUGCAAAUUGAAGAGAAUUGGCAUGGAAUUGGAUCUGCAUUGGGUGCCGAGAGGCCAAAACGUUCCUGCCGACAGCCUCACAAAUGGCAGGUUCGAAGGAUUCUCAAAGGAGGAGAGAAUUCAUUUAGACUUUGUGAAGAUGGAGUUUAUUGUCCUGCUCGAGCUCGUCAAGAAAGCUGGAGAGCUUGACGAGGAGAUCAGGAUGAUCAAGUCAUCGAAAGAAGGCAAGCAGGACAAGCACAUGGGUAAGAGAAAGAGAGGUGAAACCAAAUGGAAGGAUCCAUGGUAG